AUGGCGUGGCGCUGGGCAUUAGUCUCCCUCGCUGUCGGCCGCGCUCCGACGUUCGAGGAGCUUCACGCGGAGCUUUUCGGCCACCGGCCAGUGGACGGCGACGACUCCACCCAUGUGGUCGUCAGCUUCUCCAAUCGGUACGGCAUCCGGCCGAGCUUUUCCAACUUCCCACACUCAAACCUCAAACCGGAGUUUUUCACCAACAUUCUGGACAUGCUCAUGCCCGAAGGCAUGCCGAAGUUCGUCGUGGAGGUCGGGUCACUGCAUGGGCACAGCGCCAUCCACAUGGCCACCGUCCUCGACGAGCUGAACAUGCCUCGCGUCCCCAUCCUGUGCAUUGAUCCCUUUACUGGCGACACCAACAUGUGGGCCAACUACCAGAAGGAUCGAAGCGUUGCAGGGUGGGUCAAGAUCAUCGAUGGCCGCAUGAUGGUGUUUGACCAGUUUAUGGCCAAUGUGCAGUUCGCGGUCAACCGAAGUGUGUCGCGGAAUCACAUUCUGCCAUUCCAGGCAACUUCUACCGUGGGUGCCCGAUGGCUGAUUGAGAAGGGCUUUUACCCGGACCUGAUCUUUCUGGAUUCAGCCCACGAGUUGGAUGAGACGUUCCUGGAGCUGUCGCUCUACUACGACAUCCUACAGCCGGGCGGCAUCAUGUUUGGUGAUGACUUCGGCUGGGCGGCUGUCAGACAGGACGUGCAGAAGUUUGUGGAGCACCACAACGCACGCGUGGGAGAUGAUCCGCUGGAGUUCAGGAUCAUCCGAGCAGAGCCGGGCUCGAGCCACGUGCUCUGGAUGAUACGGAAGCCGAAGCUUGAAGUGUAG